ACUCUCUCCAUCUUUUUGGUCUCUUUGUUUCCCAUGACUAUAUAAAUAACCCAAACCCCCAAAUAUCUUCAUUCAAACUUCAAAACUCACAAUUAGUAGUGUUUCACUAUUAAAGGAAAAAAAAAUAUACACACACAUACAUUAGGCAUAUACACAAAAUUCCAAUUUGUUAAGUUCAUCCAAAAAUGGACUUUGAUUCUCUUCUCUUUCAAAACCAAAACCAAAACCUUCUAUACUUCCCUCAAAAUUCCUACUCCAAUAAUUUCUCUUGGGAAUUAGAAAAUUUCAAUAGUUUCUUUAGUGAUGAUAUCGACUUCAACAACGAAUCACAUACAAAUGAAUCAUUUUCUUCAUCUUUAUCAUCUGCCGAGUCCAAUUCUUUGGUGUCCGUACUAAGCAAUGAGUCAAUAGAAGUCUCAUCCAAUACAACUUAUACACAACUAAUCAAACAAACACAAACUUCAUCACUAUCACCAUCACCACCGCAGAUUAAGGAAAGUAAUAAAAGGGCGUAUAGAGGAGUAAGAACAAGGCCAUGGGGAAAAUUCGCGGCCGAGAUAAGAGAUUCAACACGAAAAGGUGUUAGAGUAUGGAUUGGAACAUUCGACACGGCCGAGGCGGCCGCGUUAGCUUAUGAUCAAGCAGCUUUUUCAACAAGAGGUUCAUUGGCAGUGUUGAAUUUUCCGGAAGAAGUUGUUAGAGAAUCACUUAAAGAAAUGAGUAGAAACUCUAAGCCUUUGGAAGAAGGUACUUCACCCGUAUUGGCACUCAAGAGGAAACACAUCAUAAGAAAAAAGUCCAAUAAGGUUAGUAAAAAGAAAAUCAAAAGUGAAGAACAAAUCAAGAUUCAAAUAGAGACCAAAAAUGCUAAUAUUAAUUCACAAAAUGUGUUUGUGUUUGAGGAUUUGGGUGCUGAAUAUCUGGAGCAACUAUUGAGCUUGACUUCUUAGUUUUUUUUUUUUUUUUUUGUCUAGAUUCAUAGGUUUUGGAAUUUUUCAUCAACUUGGGAUUCUUAAAUUCAUGAUGAUGACAAGAUAAAGGUUCCAUAGGAUAUUCCUUCCUCAUCUUUUAUCGUCAUCAUCAUCACUUCACUACUUGAAUUUUUAUUUUGCACUGUUGUUGUUCUGUAAAGGAAAAGAAAACUUUACAAAGUAUAUAAUUACAUAUAUGUUUUUGGAAAAAUGAUACUAUAUUGCACACGUUAAUUUAUCUUCGUUAUGAAAUUAUUGUAUA